ACCAAACACCACUUUGAAGCAAUGGCGUUCACCGGCUCCGACAUUUGCAAGAUCAUUUUCGCCAUCAUUCUCCCGCCCGUCGGUGUCUUCCUCGAGCGCGGCCUCGGUGCCGACUUCCUCAUCAACAUCCUCUUGACCAUCUUGGGCUACAUCCCCGGCAUCAUUCACGCGCUCUAUAUCAUCCUGAAAUACUGAAGAUCCCAUCACUUGCGGAUAUUCAGCACGCAAGAGCUCGUCAGGGACGAAUGGAGGAUGCGCAGGCUUGAUUGAUUGAGGGGCCUGUUUGGAAGCAUGACGACACACGCACGAUACCCGG